AUGGGUUCGGGCGGUAUGAUGGGCGGAAGCAUGAUGGGCAUGAUGAUGAUGUCAAUGGCCAACGAAACCAACACCACUGGAGCCAUGAUGGUGGGUUCCACAAGAGGAGGGAUGGGUUCUGGCAGCAUGAAGUGCAGUGGUAGCAUGAUGAGUGGUAGCAUGAUGGGCAUGAUGUCAAUGGCCAAUGGUACUGACUGCACUGAUGCCCCAACCAGCGCUCCAAGCUCUGCGUAUUAUCCUGGUCGUUUAUUGAUUGAUGUAGAUGAAGAUGCCUCCAAUUCCUUCCCUCGCCGCCGCCUGUCAGGCACUGGAUCCGCUCGAGGAGGCAUGGGUUCGGGCGGUAUGAUGGGCGGAAGCAUGAUGGGCAUGAUGAUGAUGUCAAUGGCCAACGAAACCAACACCACGGGAGCCAUGAUGGUGGGUUCCACAAGAGGAGGGAUGGGUUCUGGCAGCAUGAAGUGCAGUGGUAGCAUGAUGAGUGGUAGCAUGAUGGGCAUGAUGUCAAUGGCCAAUGAUACUGACUGUACUGAUGCCCCAACCAGCGCUCCAAGCUCUGCCUAUUAUCCUGGUCGUUUAUUGAUUGAUGUAGAUGAAGAUGCCUCCAAUUCCUUCCCUCGCCGCCGCCUGUCAGGCACUGGAUCCGCUCGAGGAGGCAUGGGUUCGGGCGGUAUGAUGGGCGGAAGCAUGAUGGGCAUGAUGAUGAUGUCAAUGGCCAACGAAACCAACCCACGGAGCCAUGAUGGUGGGUUCCACAAGAGGAGGGAUGGGUUCUGGCAGCAUGAAGUGCAGUGGUAG